AUGACAAGGCUCUCGAACUGUCAUGCUCUUGUGGAUCGCGGAAUCCCUCAAGCUCCUGUAGGGCUCGGUCGCUGGUACGAGAAUGGCGAAGGAAUCGACCGAGACUGGCUCUGCAAGCAUUUCCAAAGCAUAUACCUCAUCGAAGGAUUUGGGACGGCUGUAGAUCAAGCGCGGGCCUCAAGUUUCCUCCGGCAGCUGGCUCAUGAUGGCCACAGCGACAGCCGGCUCUGGUUGGGAUGGUGCCACCGCUAUCACUGGGGAGUGGUGACAGCCUGGCUGCACGCAAGCCGAUGCUUCAGCAAGUCCGCCAACCAAGACUACCCGUACGGGCAGUUUAUGGUGGGCUACAGCUACUUCAACCAAAUAGGAGUCCCGAGGGACUACACCCGGGCAAUCGAGUGGUACCGCAAAUCCGCUGACCAGAAUCUCGAGUGGUCCAUCGAAGGCCUCAAGGAGCUUGGCCAGUGGCACUGA